AUGCCUGAAAAUCAGCCGUCAUGUUUUUCCUGUGUUCUUUCUGAAGUAAGAGAGUUCGUAGUGGGCUAUAAAAAUAAUUUAUGGGCAGUUCCAUCUUUUGUUGACGAGUUCAACAAAUGGGCUAAGAAAACUCAUUUUCAGAUUGGGGAUUCUUUAGUUCUGAAGUAUAAUUCCAAGACUUAUUCAGUGCUGGAAGUGAACGAGGAAGACUACAAAAUCUGCAACAACGCCAAUCCAAUAAAAUCACACAAUGAUAGAGAAACUACAUUUUCAGUAGAAAAAUCAUGUCCAUUUUUCUUUAUCAGUGGAGCUGAAGAACAUUGCCAAAAAGGUCAAAGGCUAGAGGUUAUGGUUUUGUCCGAAAAAAAUGGCUCCAGCCACCAAUCUACAGCGUAG